GGUACUAUCUCUUCCUCUGCACGCGGUUAAGGAGACCGGUCUGCCUUUGGCAACUGGCGCUGAAUUAUGCCGGGAAAACUCCGCAGCGACGCUGAAUUGGAAUCAGACACGGCUGUGGAAAAGAUGGAGCCACUGCGGAAGCAAAAUGAGAAGAAAAUUAGAAAAGAAAAGCCAAAACCCAAGAAGACUGAAGAGUCAUCAGAAAUUCAGGAAGAAGCUGUAUCCCCUAAAACUAAAAAAAAGAAAACUAGGUCUUCUGAAGUUGAUAUGAGUUCUCCUAAAUCCAAAAAGGCAAAAAAGCAAGAGGAGUCAUGUCAGGAUGAUAGUAUUUCUUCUAAAACUCAGAAUGCUAAAAAGAAAAAGGAACUCAUUGACAAGAAAGUUGUCUCCCCUAAAACUAAGAAAGUGCAAAAAAGUGAGGUGGCUUCUGAAGCUCCUAAGCCCAAGAAAAUGAAGAAAGAAAAAGAAGUGAAUGGAGAAAUUGGAGAGAAAAGUCCCAAAUUGAAGAAUGGACUCUCUCAUUCUGAACCUGACUCUCACUCCAGUGAAGCUGCCAGUGAAGAAAACAGUGAGACAGAGCAGGAAAUACCCGUGGAACAAAAAGAAGGAGCUUUCUCUAAUUUUCCCAUAUCUGAAGAGACUAUCAAGCAUCUCAAAGCCCGUGGGGUGACCUUCCUGUUUCCUAUACAAGCAAAGACAUUUCACCAUGUCUAUAGUGGAAAAGACUUAAUUGCACAGGCACGGACAGGAACUGGGAAGACAUUCUCCUUUGCCAUCCCUUUGAUUGAGAAACUACAGGGUGGUCUGCAAGACAGGAAGAGAGGCCGAGCGCCUCAGGUACUUGUUCUUGCACCUACAAGAGAACUGGCAAGUCAAGUCAGCAGAGACUUCAGUGACAUCACAAAAAAGCUAUCUGUGGCUUGCUUUUAUGGUGGAACUCCCUAUGGAGGUCAAAUUGAGCGGAUGCGGAAUGGGAUUGAUAUCCUCGUUGGGACCCCAGGUCGAAUCAAAGACCACCUACAGAACGGCAAACUCGAUCUCACCAAGCUUAAGCAUGUUGUGCUGGAUGAAGUUGACCAGAUGUUGGAUAUGGGUUUUGCAGAUCAAGUAGAAGAGAUCUUAUGUGUGGCCUACAAAAAAGAUUCUGAAGACAAUCCCCAAACAUUGCUUUUUUCUGCAACUUGCCCUCAUUGGGUAUUUAAUGUUGCUAAGAAAUACAUGAAAUCUACAUAUGAACAGGUGGACCUGAUUGGUAAAAAGACUCAGAAAACAGCAGUAACUGUGGAGCAUUUAGCUAUCAAGUGUCACUGGACUGAGAGGGCAGCAGUUAUUGGGGAUGUGAUCCGAGUGUACAGUGGUCAUCAGGGGCGCACGAUCAUCUUCUGUGAAACCAAGAAAGAAGCCCAAGAACUAUCACAGAGUUCAGCGAUGAAGCAGGAAGCGCAGUCAUUACAUGGAGACAUUCCACAGAAGCAAAGGGAAAUCACCUUGAAAGGUUUUAGAAAUGGUAAUUUUGGAGUUUUGGUGGCAACCAAUGUCGCUGCACGUGGUUUAGACAUCCCUGAAGUUGAUUUGGUUGUACAGAGUUCUCCACCAAAGGAUGUGGAAUCCUACAUUCAUCGUUCUGGGCGCACAGGUCGAGCUGGAAGGACAGGGGUGUGCAUCUGCUUCUAUCAGCACAAGGAAGAAUACCAGUUAGCACAAGUGGAACAAAAAGCGGGAAUUAAAUUUAAACGAAUAGGUGUUCCUUCUGCAACAGAAAUAAUAAAAGCUUCCAGCAAAGAUGCCAUCAGUAAGCUGAUUAUAGAUCUACAUGCAGUUUUAAGGAUUAACAUUAUUCAAUUUCUUGUAUACUCUGUCCAUUUUCCUACAGUGGGUUUUGUGACCAUGAUCCUGCAGUGCUCAAUUGAAAUGCCAAACAUUAGUUAUGCUUGGAAAGAACUUAAGGAGCAGCUAGGCGAGAGCAUCGAUUCCAAAAUAAAGGGAAUGGUCUUCCUCAAGGGAAAGCUGGGUGUUUGUUUUGAUGUACGUACUGCAGCUGUCACAGAAAUACAGGAGAAAUGGCAUGACUCACGACGUUGGCAGCUCUCUGUGGCCACAGAGCAACCAGAGCUGGAAGGACCACCAGAAGGAUUCCGAGGCGGCAGGGGACAGCGAGAUGGCAGCCGAGGUGGCAGGGGACAGCGAGAUGGCAGCCGAGGUUUCAGGGGACAGCGGAACGGAACCAGAAACUUCAGGGGACAGCGGGGCGGAAAUAGAAGUUUCAGGGGACAGCAGUCAGGUGGCAACCAAAGUAAUAGAGGGCAGAAGCGGAGUUUCAGUAAAGCAUUUGGUCAGUGAGAAGUAGAAGACAUACAACUGUUGGGCCACAUGAAUGCUAUUUCUCACACAGUCCAAAGAAGUGUUCUGCCUUUGGUCUUCAUCCCUUGCAGAGACAGGCUUCAUCCAAACUGUCUUAUCUGGUUGUUAGCAUUUGCAUCUUUAUUACUACCGCUUUUCUCAACUUGUCAUCUUGUAUUGCAUUUACAUUCUAAGGUGUUGUCUGUAUGUUACAAGAUUGAGUCAAUCAUGUUUCUUUCUGUAUUUGUAGGUUAAUCUAUCUUUUUUUUUUUUUCAUAGUGCUGGGGAUUGAACCCAGAAUCUUACAUAUACUAAGUAUGUGCCCUCUCACAAAGUUUUAUUCCCUGUCCCCCAAAGAAUAAUGUUCUUUCAAUAUUCCUUGGCCUUUUGCCAAGCAAUUACUCCUGGUGUCCUAUACUGUAUCUCCUGAGAAUUAAUGGUGAGCAGUGUUUUGAAAUGAGGUUUCAGACUUAGGUGAGUUGUAUUAUAGUUUAUGCCUGUCUCUUUUAAAUUUGGGGAAAUGAAAUAUACUCUAUGGAUUACCCAUAGUUGUGCUCAUUUUGAUAUGCUUAGUUUCUCUUUACAAGGUGAUUCAGGCUUCAUCUAAUUGUUCACAAUAGUGUAUAUAGAAGUACCUUUGAACAUAAAGCCAGUGUUUUUAAGCUUAAAUUCAAAUGUGUGUGGUGGCUCCAUAGUUUCUUUGUAAAUUAGGAGUCUGGGUAAAUGCCGUUUCAAAAGGUUAACAUCAUCUACUGUAAGGAAUUAAGAGACCAAGGGUCUUAGUUAUAUACAGAUGAAAACAUUCUUUUCGUGAAAGGAGAUAAUCACAACUGAAGCACAAAGAAAGGAAUGAGUGUAAAAAUUACGUACGUGCCAAAGUGUUCUUUUAAUGGAUCAUGAGUGUUCAAGAGGUUAACUUACAGUAUGCAAUCUGGGACUUUUAGGUAGUAAUACAGUCUGAUUUUUGUUUUUCAUUAUCCUAGAUCUUAAGUUACAACAUAGGAUCUACUCUGUUAAAAGUAUUUCUCCAUUCAGAAGUGUUCACUGCUUAGACACUCCUUUUGAAGACAGCUCUAUGGUUAUUUUAUGUUGUUGCUUCGCAGGAACUGAAGAAAUGAAUCUAGUGCUAGACAAAUGACUUGGACAUAAUUUCUUUGGAAAACAUUCUGCAUAGCAUAGAAGCUUAAAGGGUAUUACUGUCUUCUUACCUUAGUUUCUGGAAGUUCUCUACUGGAGGGGUCUUAGAAUAAGCUAUGCAGGAAAAUUUAAAUGACAGUCUGCCAUUCUCAACUAGUUUGAACAACUAAACUCUUUACAGGCUCUUGUUUCUAUAUCUGGUUUCACUACUUGGUCUCCUUGCAGUAAGGGAUUUUGACAGCCACUUUAUCCUGAUUUCUGAGACAGGUUCCUACCCUGUUUUCAGAAUUCUCUUGGCAUUUUUUAUUGUUAGUAUAAAAGUGAUG